ACAGUAGACUCUUGAAAGUUGCCAGAUGUGUAAUCCACCUCAAUGAUCCUCAAAUCUGCAAGUGUUGGUUGGAGUUAGAUUAUCACAGCACAGUAAUGAAGCUCAGGUUUUCAAGUUUUAGAUUUUUUAAGUUUUAGGUUCAGAUUGAUAUUAAAAGUCUGAACUGUAUCACCUCAUAACAGUAAUGUCAACUGAUAAAACUGAUUUCAGACUUGAUAUUCACAGUGACAGGUUACACAUCUCACGCUAAAUUUAAAUGUCUAGAUGUCUGGCUGCUUGUCAAAUAAUUCCAUAAGACCUGUCAUGUCUGUGUUUCUUUGAAAGUUAUGGGUCACUUCUAAAUCUUCCACAACUUUGACAACAGCAGUCGGCUCUUCCUGUGUGGUUUAAUUGUUCCUGUAAGCUGAAAGAAUUAUUUAAAGGCCAAAGAGUUCCUACAUCUGAUCCUUUCAACCAAAGCUGCCCCCGACUUUCUUAGACUUUUCUAUAGGCACGCGUCCCUGAGGGUGGGGUGGGGGCUGAGGCCUGUUGUAGCCAUUGUGCCUCCACCAGCCAAUCAAAGAGUGAGCGUGUGCCGGGUCUGCAGUAUAAAUGCUGGCAGGUUCUUGGAGGCAGCACAAACACUCUUCUCUGAACUUUGUGAUCACAUCAGCUGAACUGUAAGCUAAGACGUCACCAUGCAGUCCCCUGGAAAAUCUUUGAAAGAAGCUCUGCUCUGUGCUCAGAGCGAGGACCGACUCACUGUUGGAGUUUACGAGAGCGCAAAAAUUAUGACUGAUGACCCGGACAGCGUGUCUUUCUGCGUCCUGGCCAUGGAUGAGGAGUUCGAGUGUGACAUCGCUCUGCAGAUCCACUUCACCCUCAUCCAGUCCUUCUGCUUCGACAACGACAUCAGCAUCGUCAGAGUGAGCGACAUGCAGCGUCUGGCUGAGAUUGUCGGCGACAAAGCAGAGCAGCUUGAAGAUGCCCACUGCGUCCUCAUCACGAACCCAGCUGAGGGGUCUUGGGAGGACCCUGCUCUGGAGAAGCUGCACCUGUUCUGCGAGGAGAGCCGCCGUCUGAACGACUGGGUUCCUGAGAUCAGCCUUCCUGAGCGCUGAUCCGGGACUCGGCUCCUCUCUUGCUCAGAUGCUGUGAAGCUUCUUAUCUGGAAAUACUCAUCCUGAUGAACAGGAUGACCCUGUUUCUGCUCAUCCCUGGAUACUCCUGAGGAGGAUUCCCGUCCAGGCAGCACGGCGCCGGCCCGAGGGGGCCCCCCGUGAACGGUCGCCUCUUGUCCCGUCCAUGCCAAGAUGACUCUCAUUCUUUAUGUGAAUGAGGUCAGGUAUGCCACAAGAGCGACUCAUCGACCCUCAUUCUUUGUGCGGAUGAGGUUUGGAGAGAAAGGAGAAGCGAAUUCUGCGUCCUGUGGUUCCACAGAGCAAAUGUCGCACCCUGAAGCACGCGCAGCAGGAGAAGAAGCGGUGCUGAGAAAGAGGCGUCCUUAGAAAGGGACUUUUUAAAGAUGUCCUCUUUGCUGAGCAACAUGACAACAGUUGCAAUCAGCGGAAAUGUUUCCCACUUUCCAGAAUUGUCUUAAUUCUCUAAAGGUUUCACUUUAGAAAUUUAAUGAUGACAAAAAUAUUCUAAAAGAUGAAAAAAAAAGCAUGAAAAAAAUGUCUUUUCUCUAAAGGUUUCACUUUAGGAAAUGGCUAAAUUAAGUUAAUGCUAAAAGAAUGAUGAGAAUUUGUAGGAUUAUCUUCUGAACAUUUGACAUUUGAUUUUAUCUAAGGUUUUUUACUUUAGAUAUUUAACAAUGUGAGAAGAAAAUGCAAAGAAAAGUGUUAAAAUGAUAAAAGAAAUGUUUUGUUUAAAUCUGAUCUUGAAUUAUGAAAUAUAAUAAGCUGAAAAUGUAGUACCUCCUGAAUGUUUCACUUCAGCUUUAUUCAUGUCAAUUGGAAGGGCUUGUUCACUACCUUUCUCCUCUUUUUUUGUAAUAUGAAA